ACAUACAUAUACAUAUAUUCACAAGAUACCAGGAAGAAAAUUCCUAGACACCCUUUUGAGUUGUGUGACACACUCCCUCCAACUCUCUCUCUCUCUCUCUGUCUCUGAUCUCUCUCUACUCAUAUACACCAAAAGCAAUGGAGGAAGAGAGUCAUGUUUAUCCAUUGGCACCAGCACGACUCCAUCAGAGGAGUACUGACGAAGAGUUCGCCGCCACAAAACCUGAUCUUGAUCUCCACAAGCAGAAAAGAAGCAGUAAGUGUUUCGUGUACGUCCUGGUGGCCAUUGUGCUGCACAGCAUAGCACUAUUGGUUUUCGGAAUAGCCGUAUUGCGAAUCAAUUCCCCAAAAGCUAACCUGAGCUCUGUUUCAAUCAAAACCCUUACAUAUGUCACCGGACAAUCACCUUCUUUCAACCCCACAAUGACCUGUGUGAUGAGAGUGAAGAAUGAAAACUUUGGUAGCUUCAAACUCGAGAACAGCUUUAAGGUCAUUGUUUUGUACGGAAAUGUGACCGUUGGUGACAUGAAAAUCGAUAGGAGGAGUGUUAGGGGUAGAAAGACAGAGCAUGUGAAUGUUACUGUGCAAGUGAGGUCUAGUAGGGAAUUAUUGGGUGAUGAGAGUUUUAGGAGUGAUAUGAAUUCUGGGUUGUUGAACCUGAUAAGCUAUGCCAAGUUGAGAGGUGAAGUGCAUGUGAUGAAUUUCAUCAAGAGCCCGUAGAACUGUGGAAAUGAAUUGCAGUAUGAGUCUUGAUUUCACGAACAGAGCAAUUCAGGAUUUGCUGUGCAUGUGAUUUUUUAAAUUUUUAUUGGAAAUUCAUAUAUUGAGUUGCUUGUAAUAUUGAUUUUUGUAUGAAAUAGUGAGAUUAUUUACGUUAA